AUGGCUGCUCAGACUGCACCAUCAGCCGGCGUCGACUCAGGCUCAAGGCUUGAUGUACCGACAGCAGCAUCUCCCGCAACCAAGGACGCGCCUGUUCAAGACUCGGCUGCGCAAGACAAGCCUAGACCUGUCAGAACCCGACCACAAAAGCCCAACUACUUCUUGAUCCAUUCAAAACCUCUUCCUCUCGAGACACAUCCUCUCCCAGCUUUUGUACCGCAAAACCCACUUUCUCUUCUUCGCAUCGCAUACAUUUAUCUUUCUCAACUCAUCUCUUCACCAUCUUCCCACAGAGAUGAACCAAUCACUGGCAUUUUCAGCUCUGAAACACGAUCUGUGCAUAUUACAGAUCAUGCCUCGGCUCGUGCUCUCUGGGAGAUGGGUUUCUUUGGUAAAGGCACAAUGUCGCGAAGUGAACCCAGUUGGCUGGACAGAGAGAAGGCUAGGCUAAAGGCCAACAAGCAUGGCGGUGGUACUGCGGAAGAAAACACCAGAAGGAGAAGAGAAGAGAGAAAGUUGUUCAAGCUUGAAAGAGCCAGAGCAGAAGCUGAGCAGAUUGAGGAAACUCUGAGAAGAGAACGAACAGCUCUGGAUACUGUGAACAGCGACAAGGACGAGGAUAAAGCAACAGAAAUUGCCAUCUCUCACGUCUUUCCCUGGAUGCAACAGCAAGAGAGCAACGCUGACACGAUCCACACAACCGGGAUUCUCAACAACACUGCCAUCGCCGAACGCGAAGAGGAAGAAGAAGCACCAAUCACAAACCAAGAACACCUACAAUUGAAUCUCGAGGAAUCCUUCUUCCUAUCCUACGCGCUAGGUAGCCUCCAGAUCCUCGACUCCAACACAAAGCAACCUCUUUCCACGUCCUCGUUACUCACGCUCUUCCGCCAACACUCACACUUCCCUACCGCUCAGAUCUCCUCUUUGCAUCCCGAUGACCCUUUCCUGUUGAACUACGUAGUCUAUCACCACUACCGUUCUCUAGGCUGGGUGGUCCGCCCCGGUGUAAAGUUCUCGUGCGACUUUCUCCUCUACAACCGCGGUCCUGUGUUCUCGCAUGCUGAAUUUGCUUUGAUCAUCAUUCCUGAGUAUGCAGAGAGAAGUAUUGAAACAGCAGAAGGAAAGGGCAAGAUGGGUUGGUGGUGGCUGCAUUGCGUGAACCGUGUGCAGAGUCAAGUCAAGAAGAGCCUGGUCAUUGUGUAUGUCAAGGUACCUAAGGAGUUACCGAGCGUCGAGGAAGGAGAGGCGGAUAUCGGAAGAAUUAUGAGAAGUUAUGAGGUUAGGGAGUUUGUGAUUAGGAGAUGGUUGGCUAAUAGAAGCCGUGAUUGA